GACUACGAGAUACAUAUACAUAAGGCGCCUCGUAACAAGUCCAUUCUAGCGGUCAACUACAUCCAUGUGUCUGUAAGUAUGUGUUCGGUUUUGAAUUUCUGCGUUUUUGUCGGUAUUAGCUAGAUGCAAUUUCAAGAGCAUUGCAUGAAAAUAAUAAUUUGCGUGUAUCCACUGCCUUAAGCCAAAUUUUAAUGCACACAACUCUUCUGCACACUGUGACAACUAACGAGUAUGUUUAUGUAUACUCAGAUAACAGCACAUUUCUGCCGGUAUUCGUAUGUAUUAGUGUACCAGAACAUUCGCAUUUUUUUUUCUGUCGAAUGUGCUAGAACCUUCGGAAAAAUUCACAACUGGAAAAAACGUUGCGAAUCUGUGUGUAUUCAAAGAGAAUUCAAUUUCGGAUGUUGCUCCACAACAGUUCGAAUGCUCAUAGCGUUAAGACGUUUGCUUGCGAUAAAAUCAAAAGUGCUUUGUUUUUGUAUUUAAUUUUUGUGCAGAUUCUUAAUUUUGUGAAGUGAAUAUUUUUUCAGGAAAUAUGAAUCGCAAUUUCAUAGUUGAUUCUGAAGGCUAUACCAACGUCUAUGUAGACGGUUGUUGUCUAAACCCAGGCACACCUCAAUCUGCUGCUGGUUAUGGCAUUUUUUGGGGCCCCAAUAAUAAUAACAACCAAUCUGGGCAAUCGCGAGGAGGUGCUACGAACAACAUUGCGGAAAUCCAAGGUGCAACUGUUGCCAUUCAUCAAGCAGCUCGAUUGGGUAUAAACAAAUUGCGUGUGAUUACCGAUUCGAAAAAUGUUUACGACGCGGUAACAAAACACCUUCCACAAUGGAAAACGAAUGGCUGGCGCAGUCUUUAUGAUGGACAACCGAUUAAAAAUCGUAGCGAUUACGAAGCAUUGGAUUCUGCUAUUCAUAGCUAUCCCCGAAUGGAUGUUGAAUUCAAACAUGUUGCCGGACAUUCUGGCAACCAAGACCAUAAUAAAGCCGAUAGGCUUGCAGCCGUCGGUGCAAGGCUUCAUUAUUGAACAUACUUUGCAUGCACCAUGUACACAAACAACAUUUUUUAAUUUCGGAAUGGAAGUAAUGAUUUUCGUUAAGCCCAGUUUAAAUAUUUCAUUUUUCAAAAAGAUGUUUCAAAACCCAUUAAUAUCAGUUUAGAUCGUUUGAAAAUUUCUAAUUUAGCUUUUCAUCACACUCGUUUUUAUCCGU